AUGAUGGACGCGGUAUCCCUGACCCCUGUCUAUCGCCGGGCGAGACAUGCAGGGCCAUCUGCCAGUUAUCAGAAUCCGCGGGUCCUUGGAAAAUGUUCCAACUUUUGGCGCCAAACACGUGGUGAUUUUGCGGCCGUUGCUGGGUCCUUCUGUUCCGUCACCGUGCUAAGCAUAUGCCUUGGCCGCCUUGGCCGCCAUGGAGACCAUGGCCGUUCCAGGCUGCCACGGGGCUUUUGGACUUGGCCCUGGGCGUCGGAUACUGCGAAGGAGAUCAAGGAGCUGCUGCUGGCGGCUAAGGGUGAAGAGCUGGAGCCCAGCAGUCGCAGAAAAGUGGAGGAAGGGAUUGACUUCUUGGCCGCUGCUCGUGUGCCGUGCCCUGCUGAGUUGUUGGGAGACAGCAGCUCACCCAGUGAGGGCUUGUGGCGCUCGGUGUUCAUCCAGGGAAAGAUCCCAAAAUGGGAGGAGAACGCACGGCUCUUGAAGCCCUUGGUGCGAAACAAGGCGGGACAAGCCUAUGAUGCGAAACAAGGGAGGGUGACCAACUAUGGCGAAAUCCUGGGGCCAUUGGUGCACUUUGUGGCGGAAGGGAGCUUUACGGCCAAAGAUGGCACAGGUCAAUGCCCCAAAGAAUUUGAUGUGGAGAUUGAGCAGGGAGGCUUGGUGCUUUUUGGAGUGCCACUGUUGUCCUCUGCCAUCUCGGGACCUGGCCUGGUGCGGGUUCUGUACAUCGAUGAGGACAUCCGCAUCUUUGAGUCCCCCACGGAAUCGCCAGAUCGUUGGGAAGAGGAGGGGCUGCGGGUUAUCCAGGGGGCCCAGCUGGUGAAGCUGAUGGAAAUCGGAACGGAGGUCUUUGUGAAGGGAAAGGGGCGCGGAAUUCUGGCCCUGAACAAUGAGGAUGGAACUUGGAAUGUGGAGUUUUACGAUGAUGGAGCUGAAGGGGACUUCUAUGAGGAGGACCUGAUGCCCUUGGAAGACCUGGUGCGUCGUUGGUCCCCCGCCGGCGCCCGCGUGGUGCCUGCGCCCUGGACGUCGCCGCGGCCGGAAGGCUGGACGCGCUUCGUGUGCUUCAGUGACACUCACGGCCUGCAUCAGCUGAUUCCAAAGGAUCACAUGCCACCAGCAGAUGUCCUCUUGCAUGCAGGUGACUUCACCAACACUGGGGAACUGGAGCAAAUCGAGUCCUUUAAUGAAUGGUUGGAGGCAUAUCCUGCGGAGCAGAAGCUGGUGAUUGCUGGAAAUCAUGACAUCACUUUGCAGGAGGACUACUACAGGUCGCGUGGAGCGUCGCGCUUUCAUCGUGGCGUCCCAUACGACUGCAGUAAAGCAAGACCCUUGCUGAAGGGCUGCAGCUAUUUGGAAGACACUUCUGUUGAAGUUCGUGGUUACCAGAUCUAUGGCUCACCCUGGCAGCCCGAGUUCUUCGACUGGGCCUUCAAUUUACCUCGUGGCGAAGAGCUCCGCCAAAAAUGGUCCGCCAUCCCCCCAGACACGGAUCUCCUGCUGGCGCACGGCCCACCAGCAGGACAUGUGGAUAUGACCUCCCGAGCUGGGCGCGUGGGGUGCCAGGACCUGCGGGAAGCUGUACAUCAGCGCAGUAUCUCAGUGGUGGUGAGUGGGCACCUACAUUCAGCCUAUGGCACUGAUGCAGAUGAGGUGACCCUGUACGUGAAUGCUUCCACUUGCACAGAGCAGUACAACCCCACUCACAAACCCAUUGUGUUCGAUUUGCCGCCUGCGCACGAGCUCAGAGAAGCAACCAAAAAGGCAGCUUUGGAGCGCAAGGAAGGCAAACUUCAGCUGUGA